AUGCAUUUUGUUAAAAAGACCCCGACGACUCAGGAACAGAAGGAAGCCGAAAAAAAAAGACAGGCCGCAAAGCUAAGGGUUUAUGUGACCACCAGAAACGCGAUAUUUAAGAGUCGUUCUGAAGGUCAGCUAGAUGCCGAACUGUUGGGCUACACUAGCAACCUUUUGUGUCGUAUUCCUGAAAUUACUACAUUUUGGAACGUUAGACGUGAAGUACUGAAGGCGCUGACUAAAAGAGAAGGCAACAGCGAAAAGAAGGCUGUUUAUAAAGAUGUUAACGACUUAUAUCUUGACGAACUGAUCUUGACCGAAAAUUGUUUGCAGAAGAACUGCAAAUCUUAUGGUGCCUGGUUUCACCGAGGUUUUGUUUUGAAAAACAUGACAGCUCCGGAUCUGGAAAAAGAGCUAAAAAUGUGCGAACGGUUUUUGGAAUUAGAUGAAAGGAAUUUUCAUGGUUGGGAUCAUCGACGCUUUGUUGUCUCUUUGAGCUCUGUGGAGCCUAAAGAUGAGUUUGAAUCAUAUUUAUUGCCCAAACUUUUUCCUAAUCCGGACUUACAAGGAAGAGUUGCAGACGAGUAUUUGGCAAACGAAUUGGAAUUGGCUUCUAAUGCAUUUUUUGUGGAUCCAGAGGAUCAGAGCGCAUGGAUCUACACUGAGUGGCUUCUUGGAUUACAGAUGGGUAGUAUUCAAAGGUCACAUUUGUCCGGUGAUUCUCCCGCUGUGAUUACUGUCUCUCGUGGGCAUAAUUUUACUGGGUACAUUGUCACGAAUCGCCCCGUCGUUGCUGAUUUCCUUUCUGGAGUGAUUAAAUAUGAGUUGUCACCAGAAGAACGAAUUUCUUUUUACCCUAUUUCUGCAUAUGGAAGAGCAAUCUCCAGUUGUGUUUUCCAGUUCAAGUUUACUCCAGAAAAGUGUCACAUCGUCCUUUCAUCGAAAAAAGACGGAGCAACUCAUUCUAUAGAUUUAUCUGCUCAGGAAACUUAUGUUUCUGAUGGUUUUGGAAAAAUUUUACGCGAUGGUUUAAAACAAAAGUUAAGCCUCUUGCGACGAAAAAUGAUUGAAUCUGUUGCAGAAAAAUGUAAAUGCUUAAUAGACGAAAAUGCAAAAGGGAACAACCCUACCAACAGCUUGGAUAGGUGGCCACUUUUGAUUUAUACGAUGUGUUUGGUGACUUUGGACGCUGAACGCCAUCACGACUUAAUCAUGUUAAACUUUGAGAAGUUAAGGAAGAAAUGCGAUCCUAAAAGGAGCGGUAUGUACACAGAUAUGGCAGCACAUAUUCAAACAUAUCAUAAACUAAACAGGCCUUUGAAAACGGGCAAUUCACUGCUUGAAAGCCUUAUUGCUGGAAACUGUGAAGAGAUCACCUUAAGCUUGCCUAGUCUUGAACUUCGCAGCGUGAACCACUUAGUAACUCUAGCUGGGCUUAUAACUUCUUUGGAUUUAAGUAAUAAUAUGAUCUUCGAUUUACGGUUCCUCGCCAUCUUUCCACGACUGACUCAUUUAACGCUAGAUGACAACCCAAUCUCAAACCUUCGCAGUCUUCAAAUGCUACAGAACUUGGAGUUCCUCUCGUUAGCGAAAAGUCUUCUUCAAUGUUUUGCGGAUGUUGCCGAGGUGUUGAAUCAUACAACUUUGACUCGUUUUGUUUUUUGCGAAACUCCUCUCGCCGAUGACGAGGACGAAUGUCGAGUACUGUACCAAAGUUGUAAAGACUCAGACAGGAGCUUAAGACUGAUAAGAUACUGGCUCUAA